ACCUUGCGCAAGAAGCAACACCGCCCAUGCAUUGUUUUCUUUUUCGGCCCAAGACGACUAAAUGAGUUGAAGACGUCGCAUGCUCGCGGGAAGCGCGAACCGGUAGAGGAGGUGGUGACAGCAUCAUCUCUUCGGAUCAAAGCUUGUCUAACUUAUAUUCGAUACUUGCGAAUUUGAGUCUUGUAAAAUAAUUUAUGAAAUUGAACGGUCGAUACCUGAUCGAGCCUAGAAGCAAGCAAGGGUUUUUGUCCAUGUUCUGUUUUUGGCAAUUGAACUUGGUGGCUUUGGUUGGUGUGUAAUAAUAUUAUGGAGGAAGAUGAGGACAGGGUUUUGCUUAAUAUUUUGGGCGUAGAGUCUGCCAAUCAUGAAUGCAUCGAAAGAGACGUAUUAGCUGAGGCACGGAAUGACGUGGUGACCAUUAUUGAAGCUGAUAGGAGCUCAAAGGAAGAAUCUCCUCAGAAAUAUGAAAACGUUGGUCCAUCAUCUAUUAGCAAAGCAGAACUUUAUCAUAAGUUGAGGGCAGUAGAUUUUGAAAUAAAUGCAGUUGCUUCCACUAUCCAAGAAGUGAGAAAUGUUGAAAGUGAUGGAGAUUGUAUUGAUGGAGGUCCUGACAACAGGGAGCAAGGGACUACCAAGGAUAAUUCUUCUAAUGAUUUGAAUCUUCAACAUGUUCUUGCUACUGAUAGGUUAGAAAGCCUAAAGAAGACAAAGGCUCAACUAGAAAAGGAUCUUUCAGAUUUGUUCAAGAAGAAGCCUUGCAAGAGUAUUGAUCAGGACAAAGAGAACGAGAUCUUUAAUUUGGUUGAGGAAGAGCGAAGAUCAAAGAGGAAGCCUAAAGAAGUUAAAAGUUUACCAAAAGGCUCAGGGAAACGGCAUAAAACAGUUUCAUUUAAUGAUGAUGUUGAUUUUGAUGCAGUUUUAGAUGCUGCCUCGGCAGGCUUUGUUGAGACUGAAAGGGACCAAUUGGUAAGGAAAGGGAUUUUGACCCCAUUUUCUAACCUGAAGGGCUUUGAGCGCCGCUUUCAACAAUCAGAAACAUCUAGUAGUUAUGAUGCAAGUCAGGAAGAAAAGACUGAUGAUCUUGCUUCUUCUAGUCUUGAAAGAGCUGCCCAAUCAAUAUCUGAGGCAGCAAGAGCUCGCCCAACCACCAAGUUGCUUGAGUCUGAAGAUCUCCCGAAGCUUGACCCACCGACCCAUCCUUUUGUUAGACUCAAAGUACCACUAAAAGUUUCUCAGUCCCAAGAAAGAGAUCUAGAGAAGAAAAAUAAUUUGAAAAGGCAAAAAAGGCGAUCUUUACCUGGUAGGAAAUGGACAAAGCGUGUUUCUAGUGAGGAAAUACAUUCAAGAGAGACUGAGCAGGUAAUUCAGGCCAGCCCGAAAAGUUAGGGUCAAGCUUGACUAUAUGGGCUUUUUGAAAAAGGCAGGAUAUUAAGCUCGAUUCAAAUAAGCUUGACCUGAAUAAGCUCAAUAGCUGAAAUCUCUAGCUUUAUAUGUUUAUAGAGUUGGUAAUUUCUGCUAAGCCUGACGGGCCAACUUGAACCUGACUGAAAAAAGUUAGAGUUGGAUUUAGCUAU